AUGUGUUGCAAACCACGGUGUACCUUUUGCUACAUCUAUUGCACAAUCUUUGCCAUUGUGUUCAUCAUCAUAUUUUCCAGCAUCAUCUUUUGGAUAAUCAUCUCACCCUCCAAUGUCAAGUUCUACAUAACCGAGGCCUCCCUCACACAAUUCAACCUCACAAGCAACAACACCUUAUAUUACAACUUCAAGGUAAACAUCACAGUUAGAAACCCCAACAAAAACAUCAUAGUAUACUAUAGGGGUAUCAAAGCAAUUGCGUGGUACAAAGAUAAUGACUUCGGUUGGGUGAACUUAACACCCUUUGACCAAGGUCACAAGAAUACAAGCUUCCUUCAAGCAGUGUUUAAUGGGCAAAGUGUGAUUAAGCUCAAAGCUCAACAACUUGGUGAGUACAAGGAAGAGACAAGUGUUGGGAUUUACAAUGACUUAGCUGUGGAUUUGGAUCUUAGAAUUAGAGCUAAGUAUGGAAGGUUUAAGAGUAGUCGUUUCAAUCCACCGAUUGUGCAAUGUCGUCGUUUGAGUGUUCCUUUGAUUUCUAAUGGUAAAUCAGCACCUCCUUUUAGUGUCACCAAAUGUAAAACUGGUUCUUUCUUUGUAGAUCGUGAUGCUGAUGCAGGAGCAGCUUGA